UUAUAAAUACCCUCCCAAAAUAUUUCAGUAUUGUCAUUCCGUCUCGGAAAAUCUCUGAAUCUGCUGAGUCUCAGAGAGUUCUUCUCUUUGGCCAUGGAUCCCUACAAGUAUCGGCCAUCCAGCUCUCACAACUCCCCGUUCUUCACCACGAACUCCGGUGCUCCUGUAUGGAACAACAACUCUUCCAUGACCGUCGGACCCAGAGGUCCUAUCCUUCUCGAGGACUAUCAUCUUGUUGAGAAGCUUGCCAAUUUCGACAGGGAGCGGAUUCCAGAGCGUGUGGUCCAUGCUAGAGGAGCCAGUGCAAAGGGUUUCUUUGAGGUCACCCAUGAUAUCUCUCAUCUCACAUGUGCCGACUUUCUCCGAGCUCCUGGUGUUCAGACACCAGUCAUUGUGCGGUUCUCCACUGUUAUCCACGAGCGUGGAAGCCCUGAGACCUUGAGAGAUCCUCGUGGUUUCGCUGUUAAGUUUUACACCAGAGAGGGUAAUUUUGAUCUUGUUGGGAACAACUUCCCAGUCUUCUUCAUCCGUGAUGGAAUGAAAUUUCCUGACAUGGUCCAUGCCCUUAAGCCCAACCCCAAAUCUCACAUCCAGGAAAACUGGAGAGUCCUCGACUUCUUCUCCCACCACCCGGAGAGUCUGCACAUGUUUACCUUCCUCUUCGAUGAUAUCGGUAUUCCUCAGGACUACAGGCACAUGGAGGGCUCGGGUGUAAACACCUACAUGUUGGUCAACAAGGCAGGGAAAGCUGUCUAUGUCAAGUUUCACUGGAAACCCACAUGUGGGGUUAAGUCUCUGCUCGAAGACGAGGCCAUUCGGGUUGGAGGAUCCAACCACAGCCAUGCGACUCAGGACUUGUACGACUCAAUCGCCGCGGGAAACUACCCUGAGUGGAAGCUUUUCAUCCAAACAAUCGAUCCUGCUGAUGAGGACAAGUUCGAUUUCGACCCGGUUGAUGUGACCAAGACCUGGCCUGAGGACAUAUUGCCUCUGCAACCUGUUGGACGCUUGGUUUUGAACAAGAACAUCGACAACUUCUUCGCAGAGAAUGAGCAAUUGGCGUUUUGCCCCGCUAUUGUUGUUCCGGGAGUAUACUAUUCGGAUGACAAGCUGCUCCAAACUCGUAUAUUUUCCUACUCCGACACCCAGAGGCACCGUCUUGGACCAAACUACCUGCAACUUCCCGUCAAUGCUCCCAAGUGCGCUCACCACAACAACCACCAUGAGGGCUUCAUGAACUUCAUGCACCGGGAUGAGGAGGUGAAUUACUUCCCGUCAAGGUAUGAUCCCGUUCGCCACGCGGAGAGGUAUCCGAUUCCACCCGUUAUCUGCUCUGGAAGGCGCGAGAGGUGCAUUAUCGAGAAGGAGAAUAACUUCAAGCAGCCGGGAGAGAGAUACCGUUCUUUCACCCCAGACAGGCAAGAACGAUUCAUUCGCAGAUGGAUAGAAGCCUUGUCCGACCCUCGUAUCACUCACGAAAUCCGCAGCAUCUGGAUCUCAUACUGGUCUCAGGCUGAUCAGUCCUUGGGACAGAAGCUGGCGAGCCGUCUAAACGUGAGACCGAGCAUCUGAAGUGUUCAGAGGAAAUGGUCUCAGGGUUUGUAAUUUGAAGAGAAGGUUUGAAAGGAGAGAAGAAGAAAACGAAGCAAUCCUUUGGGGAUGAUCAUAUACUAAUAAUAUUCAUAUAUGAGGAUGUUUAUAUGUGUUGUCUUGUUACUAGACAAAGGACAAAGGACAGAAAGAAGAAACCUUUGGUGAUGUUACAUUGUCUUAUGCUGGCUUCUUAUGUGGUGAUGUUUUUCACACCUAAUGCAUGAUUGGAUUAAAUAAAUAAAUUUGAAAAUGACA